GUUCAUAGCAUCCUCCUCAUCGAUGGCUCCAGAUACCGAGCUGGUUUACUGGGACCAACAGGGGCGGACUGACCAUUUGGAAACUCGGGCACUGCCCGAGGGCCCCGGGGUCAGUAGGGGGCCCCAUGAGAUGCCCCUGGUACCUUUUUCAUAGGCUUUUUUGAGUUUGGGCAAGGACACAGGGGCCCCAUGAUCCCCUAUUGAGGGCCGGGGGUCAGUAGGGGGCCCCAUGAGAUGCCCCUGGUACCUUUUUCAUAGGCUUUUUUUGAGUUUGGGCAAGGACACAGGGGCCCCAU